UAUGUAUAGUACUAUUAUAGAUAACGUUCAAUGAUCUGCUGUUUACAGAUAUUGAUACAAAGUCGUAGGAUAUUAAGUAGAAUAUAUUGUAAAACGUGAAUUUUUCUUAAUACACGUUUUACACAUAUACAGUAAAUCUUGUCAAUACAAAAUCGAAGCAUUCUAUUAUUUGAACUUGACUGUAAUCUAGUUGAUAACACAUGUUGCAUGAUAAAAGUGGUAAAUAAAAGCACAUGUACACAUAGUUAAACGGAGAAAAUGGAUAAAUCAACAACUGAACCUAGAAAAAGAAAGAUUGUAAUUGGUAUGGAUGGAAGUAAAAAUGCAGAGGAUGCCUUUAAAUGGUAUGCAGAAACACUACAUGAGAAAGGAGACUUCGUCAUUGCAAUUUAUACACCGGAAUUCAAGAAACUCACACACGUCUCGUGCAUGGCGUCUCACAUGUCAAUGAUGACAGCCGAUCCUGCGUUGAUGACGAAAUUAAUUGAAGAAGAGCAACAACAGACGCGUUUACUUCUUGGAGAAAUACACGAGCUGAUGAAUGUCGCAGAUGUUAGUAUAAAAGGCACUGUGAAACAAAUGAUGGGGGUUCCUGGUGAAGAGAUUGUGAAGGUAGCGGAAGACGAAGGAGCUGACUUUAUUAUCACUGGAAGUCGGGGCCUUGGAACGAUAAGACGAACACUUCUUGGUAGUGUCAGUGACUAUAUAGUGCACCAUUCACCAGUGCCUGUGUUUGUGUGCAAGCCUGAACUACAAUGUCAUGAUUAAUGUAAUAAAGAACAGAACGGUUUCUGUAAAAGAAAUGUUAUCAACACCGAGGGAUCUCCAUUUUCACAGCCGAAAGAUAAAUAGGUUUUUGGUUUGAAAAAGAUUUUAUUAUGUAUGCAAAUAAUGUAGAUUUAGAGGACAUGGUUACACAUUUACCUACCGUUGUUUCACUGAAGGGACGAAUGGUUUGUUCUCGCUCGCUCGUCAGUCCGUCAGUCUUACCGUCAAGAAAGUGUUAAAUAAUAAAAAAAUAUGACAAUAAUAUCGUGUAAUAACUUUGAAAGUACAGCAAUUUUUCAUUGAACAUGAUAAAAGAGGGUAGUUAAUAUAGAGGAUACACAUAACAUUUAGUUUUAUUCUGCUGCGUGUUAAAUUGUGCUUAUAAUGGUAACAAAAAGUGAAACAUAUUUUAUGACAGUUGUCCAACGUUACGAACUUACCAGAAGGGGACAUGUAUUGCCGCGUGAUAGUCUUGUUGUCAUUUGCUAAAGGAGUGCUUUAUUUUGCUAGUUAACAAUUAUUUGAAACAGCAAGGUUCGUGAACUUUUUGAACUUUAACUACUUAAAAAGCUAACAUUAAGAUAAAUAUUCAUUGAACUAUUGGUUACAGCAGUGUUAUAUGAAAGCCAUUUCAUUUCUUCAAAGUAAGGAAAAUAUAUGAUAGUUAUGUUCCAAAAUGGAACUUCGGACAAGUUUUUAAAAAAUGUGUAUCAUAUAUAAAAUUAUGAUACAAAAUCAUAAUUUCGGACAGCACUUAGGGCGAAACGUGUGAUUUUUUUGUGAAACAAGUCCUUAUUGAAUUUGCACAGUCACUAUAUCAGGCUUGUAUAUCUCAUAGGAUGCAUAUCUGGCUCUAUGCGUAACAUGGAAAUUGUGCUAUUUCUGUUAUCUUGACAUAUGUUUUCUGUAUUCAAUAAUAUUAAUUAUUAUGAGCGUGUCAUCAACAUCUUAUUGUGACUUCAGUACAUGCGUGGGUAUAAUCUGUUUUAAUGAGUUUCUUUUUUCUGCGUUUCAAAAAAAUAAAGCAACAAAGUGUA